CCCCCUCAUUCCCCCUCUUUGUAGAGGACUAAAGAAAUCCCAAUCCCCAAUCCCAAUCCCAAUCCCAAUCCCAAUCCCAAUUCUUUUCUCCCAAGCAAAGAUAAUCAAAUCCAUCCGCCCAGCUUCUAAUUAUUAAUCUUUCCUCUCCAGUUUAUUUAUUUUUACGUGUACACCGAAUUUUGUUGUCGUAUCAACUCAUGCUCGAAUUGGACUGGAAAUCAAAAAAUAUGGCGGCCCCAGAAAUAUCGUUUAGAUCGUCGUCGCCGUCAUCGUCAUCGUCGAGAAUAUCAGAUGAAGGAAAACCCUCUCUCUGCUAUUCCAAUUCUCCGCAGUUGAUAAGGGACGAGUCUGCGAUCGCCGCCUACGAACACUACUUCCGCCUCCCGGAGCUCUCCAAGCUGUGGAGCUGCAGAGACUUCCCCGAGUGGAAGGACGAGCCGAUCGUGAAGCCGGCGCUGCAGGCCCUGGAGAUCACGUUCCGGUUCGUCUCCGUCGCGCUCUCCGACCCCCGGCCCUACGCCAACCACCGCGAGUGGCGGCGGCGCCUCGAGUCCCUCGCCGCGCGCCAGAUCGAGCUCGUCGCCGCGCUCUGCGAGGAGGAGGAGGAGGGGGGCGGCGCGCCCGUGGCGGGGCUGAGCCCGUCGCAGGGGGUGCUCUCCCGGGAGCGGAGCUCGCAGGAGGUGUGGAAGCUGCCCGGGGCGAGCGCCGUGGUGAGCCGCACGAGCGAGGCGAGCCUGCUCCCGCGCCUGGCCACGUGGGACAAGACCGAGGACGCGGCGUCCGCGAUCGCCUACCAGAUCGAGGGCCAGAUGCGGCGGUGCCGCUUCACCCUCGGCCUCGGCGAGCCCAACCUGGCGGGAAAGCCCGCUCUCGAGUACGACCUCGUGGUCCGGCCCGCGGAGCUCCACGCGCUGAGGAGAAGCCCUUCGGAGUCCCGGGCCCCGCGGAACCGCGAGAGCGAGGCGCUCGUCACCAUCCACCAGAUCCUCGAGUCGUGGCUCUGCGCCGCGCGGGAGCUCCUCUCGCGGGUGGGGCGGCGGAUCGACGGCGAGCAGUGGGAGGGGGCGGCGAGCGACUGCUGGCUCCUGGAGAGGACCUGGAAGCUUCUGGGCGAGGUGGAGGACCUGCACCUGCUGACGGACCCGGACGACUUCCUCCGCCUCGUCAAGAGCCAGCUGGCCAUCCGCGCCGGGUCCGGGUCGGACGCGCUCUGCUUCCGAUCGGCCGCCCUGGUCGAGGCGGCGGACGCGUCGCGGGAGCUGAAGCGGAGGGUGCCGUGGGUGCUCGGGGUGGAGGUGGACCCGGACGGCGGGCCCAGGCUGCAGGAGGCCGCGAUGAGGCUGCUCCACAGCCGGCGGCGCGGCGAGGGCGGCAACUCCGGCAGGAUCGACCUGCUGCAGUCCUUUCAGGCGGUCGAGGCGGCGGUCCGGCGGUUCUUCUUCGGGUACCGGCAGCUGAUCGCGGGGGUGAUGGGGAGCCUGGAGGCCGGCGGCAACAGGUCGCUCUUCUUGCCCUCCGAGUCGCUCGAUCCGCUGUCGCAGAUGUUUCUGGAGCCGCCCUACUUCCCCAGCCUGGACGCGGCCAAGACCUUCUUGGGAGACUUCUGGAGCAAGGACGCGUCGGACACCGGCUGCGGCUGCUCUUCAAAGACGACGGCUCCCCGAUGCUGAGCGUGGAUGAGAAUAUAUAUCUAUAUCCGCCCGAGGUGGGUUCGAUCGUACGCAUUCAAUUAAGCGUGAUUAAUUUGUGAGGCAAGUUUUGGGGCGUUUUCCCUACUACCAGGCGUCCAGCUUAAUUAGUUAACUUUUAACGGCAGAUGAUACAAGAGAUUUGCUCAUACGUUAUUUCAUCGCGGUGGUCGCCCAAUUAAUUGUUUUGUUUUUGGCAAGUAAAACAACAGUUGUUCUUUCUUUCACUGUUUCA